AAGUUGAUUAUUCAGCAUUUCCAAAGAUGAAGAGGAAAGUUGCAAAAGUUGGGAAAUUGAGGCUUAGUCCUAAUGAAGAAACCAUGCUUCUGAAAGAAGAAUAUGAAAGAAGAAGAAAACUGAGGCUACAACAAGUUAGAGAGCAGCAGAAGUAUAUCGCCUUGCAGAUAAGACAGAAAGUAAAGCAGAGGAGAGAAGAACAACUACAUCAGUUAGAGGAGGCACUGACAGCUGAAUGGCAGAAAGCACAGGAUCAAAAGAUGAAAGCCUUAGAAAAGCUGUAUUUAUCAAGCUUAAGAGCGAUUGGUGAGGGUCACCGACAAGCCAAGGAGAAUGAACCUGACUUAGAAGCUCUGGCAAAGCAAGCAGAGGAAAGGAAACAAAGAGCAGAGAAGAGACAUAGGAAAGCCCUGAAAGAGCAGAAGUACCAAAAAGAAAAAUUACUUCGUGAGCAAGCCCG